ACGCGGAGCCUCUGCAGGCCUUCGGCGCCCGCGGGGUUACGGAAGACGCAUGCGCCGGGAAGGAGCGCAAUCACAGAGUCGGCUUGCGGCUACCAGUUCAAAAAAGGAAACCCCAAAGAGCGAGAGCGCGAAGGAAAUCUGGCAGCCGCCGCGUGCGCGCUCCCGUGAAAGAAAAACAUAAGAAGUAAAGAAACUUUUACAGUCAUUGUUGAUUUGACUCUUACGCUGAUCCCCGAAAUCAAAAGAAUUCUGAGACCGAUGAUUGGUUAUAUAGAAGAAUACCCUGAACCUAUAGUGUUCUGAAGAAUCAGUUCAAAAGAUCCAAAAAGUACAAAAGAUCCUAAAUCCUAAGCCAGCUGUGGGAAAGCUGAGAAACAAACUUCAUGGCAUUAUAGAACGUCUAAAAUUUUCAGGAGAAGUACAAAUGUCUACCACAAGACGAAAACGUAAUAUGUUAUGUUGUUUACCGUAAGCUGUAGUAAAAUGAGCUCAAUUGUUGACAGAGAUGAUAGUAGUAUUUUUGAUGGGUUGGUGGAAGAAGAUGACAAGGACAAAGCAAAAAGAGUAUCUAGAAACAAAUCUGAAAAGAAACGAAGAGAUCAAUUUAAUAUUCUCAUUAAAGAACUGGGAUCCAUGCUUCCUGGUAAUGCUAGAAAGAUGGACAAAUCUACUGUUCUGCAGAAGAGUAUUGAUUUCUUACGAAAACAUAAAGAAAUCACUGCACAGUCAGAUGCUAGUGAAAUUCGACAGGACUGGAAACCUACAUUCCUUAGCAAUGAAGAGUUUACCCAAUUAAUGUUAGAGGCUCUUGAUGGUUUUUUUUUAGCAAUCAUGACAGAUGGAAGCAUAAUAUAUGUGUCUGAGAGUAUAACUUCAUUACUUGAACAUUUACCAUCUGAUCUUGUGGAUCAAAGUAUAUUUAAUUUUAUCCCAGAGGGGGAACAUUCAGAGGUUUAUAAAAUACUCUCUACUCAUCUACUGGAAAGUGAUUCAUUAACCCCUGAAUAUUUAAAAUCAAAAAAUCAAUUAGAAUUCUGUUGUCAUAUGCUUCGAGGAACAAUAGACCCAAAGGAGCCAUCUACCUAUGAAUACGUAAAAUUUAUAGGAAAUUUUAAAUCUUUAAACAGUGUAUCCACUCCAGCACACAAUGGUUUUGAAGGAACUAUACAACGCACACAUAGGCCUUCUUAUGAAGAUAGAGUUUGUUUUGUAGCUACUGUCAGGUUAGCUACACCUCAGUUCAUCAAGGAAAUGUGUACUGUUGAAGAACCCAAUGAAGAAUUUACAUCUAGACAUAGUUUAGAAUGGAAGUUUCUAUUUCUAGAUCACAGGGCACCACCCAUAAUAGGAUAUUUGCCAUUUGAAGUUCUGGGAACAUCAGGCUAUGAUUACUAUCAUGUGGAUGACCUAGAAAAUUUGGCAAAAUGUCAUGAGCACUUAAUGCAGUAUGGGAAAGGCAAGUCAUGUUAUUAUAGGUUCCUGACCAAAGGGCAGCAGUGGAUUUGGCUUCAAACUCAUUAUUAUAUCACUUAUCAUCAGUGGAAUUCAAGACCAGAGUUUAUUGUUUGUACUCACACUGUAGUAAGUUAUGCAGAAGUUAGGGCUGAAAGGCGACGAGAACUUGGCAUUGAAGAGUCUCUUCCUGAGACAGCUGCUGACAAAAGCCAAGAUUCUGGGUCUGAUAAUCGCAUAAACACAGUCAGUCUCAAGGAAGCAUUAGAAAGGUUUGAUCAUAGCCCAACUCCUUCUGCUUCGUCCCGGAGUUCAAGAAAAUCAUCUCACACAGCAGUCUCAGAUCCUUCCUCAACACCAACAAAGAUUCCAGUGGAUACUAGCACUCCUCCCAGACAGCAUUUACCAGCUCAUGAAAAGAUGGCACAAAGGAGGUCAUCAUUUAGUAGUCAGUCCAUAAAUUCCCAGUCUGUUGGUUCAUCAUUAACACAGCCAGUGAUGUCUCAAACUACAAAUUUACCAAUUCCACAAGGCAUGUCCCAGUUUCAGUUUUCAGCUCAAUUAGGAGCUAUGCAACAUCUGAAAGACCAAUUGGAGCAGCGGACAAGGAUGAUAGAGGCAAAUAUUCAUCGGCAACAAGAAGAACUAAGAAAAAUUCAAGAACAACUUCAAAUGGUCCAUGGUCAAGGGCUGCAGAUGUUUUUGCAGCAGUCAAAUCCUGGAUUGAAUUUUGGAUCUGUUCAACUUUCUUCUGGAAAUUCGUCUAACGUCCAGCAACUUACGUCUAUAAAUAUGCAAGGCCAGCUUGUUCCUGCUAACCAGAUUCAAAGUGGAAUGAAUACUGGACAUAUUGGCACAACUCAGCACAUGAUACAACAGCAGACUUUACAAAGUGCAUCAACUCAGAGUCAACAAAAUGUACUGAGUGGGCACAAUCAGCAAACAUCUCUUCCCAGUCAGACACAGAGUACUCUUACAGCCCCACUGUAUAACACCAUGGUGAUUUCUCAGUCUGCAGCCGGAAGUAUGGUCCAGAUUCCAUCUAGUAUGCCACAAAACAGUACCCAGAGUGCUGCAGUCACUACAUUCACUCAGGACCGACAGAUAAGAUUUUCUCAAGGUCAGCAACUUGUGACCAAAUUAGUGACUGCUCCUGUUGCAUGUGGGGCCGUCAUGGUACCUAGUACUAUGCUUAUGGGUCAGGUGGUGACUGCCUAUCCUACUUUUGCCACACAACAGCAACAGUCACAGACAUUGUCAGUAACACAGCAGCAGCAGCAACAGAGUUCCCAGGAACAGCAGCUUACUUCAGUUCAGCAACCUUCUCAGGCUCAGCUGACCCAACCACCACAGCAAUUUUUACAGACUCCUAGGUUGCUCCAUGGGAAUCCUUCAGCUCAGCUCAUCCUCUCUGCUGCAUUUCCGUUACAACAGAGCACUUUCCCUCAGUCACAUCACCAGCAACACCAGUCUCAGCAACAGCAGCAACUUAGUCGGCAUAGGACUGACAGUCUGACCGAUCCUUCCAAGGUUCAACCACAGUAGCAUACGUGCUUCCUCUCUGACGUAAGGGGAAGAAGGGGAUGGCCCAUAAAGAGUUGCUCAGAUAACCUGAGGAUAGGAAGAAAAGUUCCAGCAGUUUCAUGAGAUGCAGUAUUGAGUAUUCUAGUUCCUGGAUUAGUUUACAGGAAAAAUGCUGCCUAGUGCUACAGAUAUAAUUAUACCAGCUGGCAGGAGAUGAUCAUAGGGACAUAACCAAUUCUGACAGUGUUUCAGUUGCCCAGAUAUUUUUUGACAGAAAGAGUAUAUUUUGCCAAAUGUUAAGAAGCUCAGCUGUGAAACGACCUCCAGUGAAUCAGAAAGGCACUAACAAUGUUAGUAACUUUUAGUGGUACUGUGCUUGUUAUCAAGUAUUAUAGAGGACACACCACUGCCAUGUCAGGGGUUUACUUACAAUGAUGCCAUGAAGACAGUCCAGUAGAUUUGGUAGCCCCCCCAGCCCAUUAUCCUUUCAGAUAAUGAUGGAACAGUAAUUACUUUCAGAAUGUGUGGGUUCAAAUUCUCUAUGUACAGAUGCUGUAAAAAUAUGUAUAUGUAUGGAUAAAAGGAGAGAAAGCAAAACAUUUUGUAUGCUGCAUGAAAGCAUUAUCUCUUCCUUAUAGGUAUGAGUCUAUUUCUUUAGAUUCUGACAUCAUGUGCAAACUAAUACAUUGUUUUUCCUUUUGUUUACAACACGAUAGUGUUCUGUUCACUUUUCCAGGGCACAGGUCCUUUUGUUCAUACUUUGGCUGUGAUGUCACAGUUUGUUCGGUGAGGUAUAAUGUGCUGCUGGGAAUGGAUUUUUUUUUUCAGGUUAGAUUAUUGAUACAACAGGAUUUUCAAGUUAUUCAGAAAUAUCCCUCAUUUCAUUAGUUUUCAGUUAUGUUUGAAAAUAGUAUUUGCACUGCUUUAAAUUAGAUGGUUGGGAGUUCUGAUCACAUAUUUUGAUAUAGUUCAUAGUUGGAAAUAUUUGUAUAAAUGGUUUUCAAUAAGCCUGAAAGUACUUUCAAGAAUGUUUCAGUUAUAGAAGUAAAAUUUGCACACAAAACAUUUUAGGCACUUUUUAACAUUCUCAAUGGUGGGAAUUUUAACUUUUAGGAUUUGUUGGAAUCUUUUUAUUAUCCUUCACAAUUUCAAUGCUUCUUUUAGUCAGAGAUGAUUCAGGGUUAUUUGAGGGAAAAAAAACCCAUAGUGCCUUGAUUUAAAUUCAGGUGAUAACUCACCAUCUUGAACUCAUUGUCUGCUUUCAGUAGCAGUUUUGAAACCUUAGUACAUAAUUAACAGCAUGUGGGUGUCAGUGUCAUUAUUCUCUUAAGUUCCUAUGAAGACUGCUGUGAGUUUUUUGGAGUGGAGGCACAAAUAAUGUAGAAAUAAAAGGUGACAAACUAACACUAUCACAGUUAUUAAUGUGAUCCUCAAAUUGUUUCAUACAUCAGCAUCCUUCCUUAAAGCUAAAUAGUCAUUUGAGAAUUGUCACUAAAUAUUUUCUCAAUAUGAUCUUUAUAUUCCUACAAAGAAAAAAAGGGGUAGGAAUUGGCUUUGCCUUCACUACAACACUAGAAUACUAUAACUCACAUGCUUUCUAAACAUGAACUAUGAUUUCACUCGGCAGUAUCAUAUUCUAAAGUUAAUAAGUUCUAACAAAUACAAGUUACAUACGUUUAAAAAAGCAUUUUAUAGAUUUGAUGGUACUAAUGAAAUUUACAACUAUAGAACAAAAGAUUAAUGGAAAAUAUCUUAUUAGAAUAUAAAAAAUUAUUACUGAGGAAGGAGAAAACAACAAGCAUAAUAAAUCAAAAUUGGUCUUAAAAGAAAAUGUGUAAGAGUUGAGGUUAUUAAACAGAAAAAAUUUUGAUCAGUGAAAAUGACCUAAUGCAGAUUGCUAGAUUAAGGGGUCAGGGGAAUGCUAAGUCAGUUCUUAAGAAAGAUUUCUGUCCUCAGUUUUGCUAUCAUCCUGAAGGAACACACUUUAUCUUUCUGUAGAAAACUAUAUCUGACCACAGUUAAAUUAGAAAAUUAAUGUUGAAAAAGAAAACCACCAAAGAAAAUUAGUACCUACCCUUCUACAAAGGAAGUAUGACGAGAUACGAGUCAAUAAUUAACAUAUCAAGAAGCUCUUCUUCUAGCUAAAUGAUCUUCCAGAAAAAAUUUCUGACAUUCCCAUGAAUAUCAAGAAUAGUUAUCAGAAUAUGUAUGUACCUGAUCAUACAUAUAUGUAGAAAAAAUUGCUGCUGUAGAUUAUGGCAACAGCAUUGUUUUUCUCCCCUUUCAAAUUGCCUUUCUUGACCUAAAUGCCAUUCCAUAUAUACCUGAGUUGUGCCUCAUUUAUUUAUUGGCAAUACCUAGUGAUAUGGAUUUAGCUAACAAAAGAUAUGGAGAUGUGUUAUAUUUAGGCUUAUCCUCUAAGUACCAUACUUAAAUAAAGAUGGUGAACUGUUAGUACUGUGUACUUAGGUUAACAGAAGCAACACAUAAAACAAGCCACCAGAUAAAUCUGUAAAUGCUUACUCACAUUCUCCUACUCCAGCCCCUUCAGGUAUUUUUCAUCUUCACAAGUAUUUGGGAAAGAAAAUUAAACUGACUUUUCCUUUAUAAUUCCUGUUGUUCUUCACAGUUCAUUUCUUUCCUGCUUGGAAUUGACACUUGGCUAAAUUUUAAAAAGCCGCAAGCUGCUUUUCCUUUGCUAUCAUUACGAAGCAUUGUGUUAGAAGAGCUAGUAGCACCAGCUGCCUCUUAGCUCCUCCUUUACCUUUGUUUUCCUUCUGCUACUCUUGAAUUUGGGUUGCAAAGCUGUCCCUGCCCCCUCCACUAAGACUUGAGCGUUCAGAUGAAGAUUCAGCAAUUGCCUAUUCUUCAUUUCUGUAGCCAAAGUUAUUAAUUAAACUUCCAAAUCUAAAUCUUAAGAUACCAAAUAGGAACACCUUUCGGCUUCUUAAAAAUCUUACCUUCCCUGUGCUUUUACUCUCACAGGUAUUCAGUUUUAUUCUUAAAAACAUUUUAUUCUUGGUGGCACUUUUUCGGUAAGAAACUGUUGAGCUUAUUUAGGUAAGAAACUGUUGGAGUUAAAGAAAAUGCUAGCUACUCUGCAGCUGGGUAUCUUGCUUUGGACAGCUAGGGCAUAGGGUGAGUCAGUAUUGCUUAACAAAUACAAGUGAGACUGCAAGGAUUAGUAAAUUUACUGCCAAGAGUGGUGUCAAACCAGAGCCUAGACACUUAAAAGUACUCCAUUUUUUGAGUGGAAAAUAUUGGAGGACAAGUAAAUGUGGGGAUAGGAGUAGCACAUAAGUAAAUACAACAGUUCAGUCUCCAAACUCCAUCCUGUAUUGAGUCAAUAGUUGAAAAGUGCUAUGCUCUGUUUUGUCACUUAAAAUCUGGCUUAGGAAUAUACAAGUGAUAAAAGGAUGCCAGUGAUUUUGAAUAGUUUGUUAUAGAAUACUUAGUACAGAAGGGUGAAAAUGUUAUUUGAAUUCUUCAUAAGUGCUGUAGUUGUUGGUCAUUGCCUUAAAACAGUCUGCUUGAAUUUAGGAGCACUGAAGCAGUCCAGUUCUUUAAAGGGCAUUGAGUUAAAGGGAGAUGAACCCUAGUUCAAGAAGCCUUAGAAAGGGCUCUUUAUAAUAGUACAAUACAGGCAGGUGAAAUUUCUUUUAAGCUAGAUAUUACUCAGUGAGUUUUAAAAUGUUACCACUACUUUGAGGCAAAUUUUUUAAAAGUGGAAUGCAAAUAGCAUUUUACUUUUUUCUUUGUAUUUCUUUGGUGAUUGACAGUUUGUUGAUAAAUAUUUGUGUACAAGUCAUUCAAGUCUAUAACCUUUCCAAUUAAUUAUCUGUGGCCCUGUUCUUAGUCCCACAGGAGUCCUGUUGGAAGGUAUAAACACUGGAUAUUAAUAUUGCUGAGUGAGUCUAGCCAGGAGUAAGCUGAUUGGAAUUUUUAAAUGGUAGAGAAGAAACAGCACAAAGGCACUUGCCAUUUUAAUAAUGAAUGGAGAAAGAGAACCUUUUAAGUUUGUUUGGAUUGGGUGAGUAUUCUAAAAGGAGCUUGUGAAGUAAUUGCAAAGGAAAAGAGUCGACUAUUUUUAUACCAUAUUUAAUAUAUUUGUAUAUAACUAUGAGUAUAGUAGGAACCCUCCACACGCCUCCCACUUUUCUAAUUUACUUCCCCCUUUUGCCAUAGCUCUAGUAUAGCCUCAUCCGCAUGGGUAAUGUGCCUAUCGUCAGCCUACCAAAAGAUAGUGCUGCUGCUUUUUGAGACAGGUGAGAAGAACCAACUCUCAUGCCUGGGGAUCCUUUGUGGGAGGAAUAGCACACACUUUUAAAACAACAUACCACAGUCUAAAAGCAUCAUUUUGAAAUGUAAGAAGCACUUUAUUUAAUUAUUCAUUUUUGAUAAAGUUUAUUGUCUUAGGCAUUAACCAUUUCUAAAGGAUCCCAAAAUCAUCACUUAGGUGAAAUUAUAAAAUGAUACAUUUCUGAGAAAUGUGUAGAUCCAGUGAACCGUAGUAGGUUUAUGGGAGCGAUUUCAAGGUAGCCAAAUGAACUUUGACUUUUAUUUUGAAUGUGGUGAAGUCAAGAGAUUGUAGAUGCCUAGUUCCAUUUAAACACUAUUGUAAACCUAUCUUGCCUAUUGUGUGGACACCAAAAGAGACCAAUGAGCCUGUUUUCAGAGGUCUAGGAAAAUUGCAUCUGUGUGUGUAGAUAUACAGAACUAAUCUAAAAGUGAUUGGUAGUAAUAUUUUAGAAUACAAUAAUUUCAAAAAUUAUUCUAAGUGUUUUAAAUGUGCCCUGAAAUGUUGGCAUGUCAUUUCAGCGUUUCCAUUUGAAUUGCUCUUGUAAUAUUUUUGCACAAGAAGGACUGAGAAAAAGACUACUUUGGUUAAAGGAGAGGAAAAAAAGUAUAAUUUGGUCUUAAUGUCUCCUGUGUAAACACUGGAGAUAAAUUUUGUUGGUAUAAGUUAUUAAUUCAGGAUAUUUAAAAGUGUUGAACAGCUUACAAGAAAUUAAGCAAACUUGGAUUUUAAAAAUUAAAGUAUUUUCUUUUCAUGUGAUUGUUUUGCAUAUUUUUUUCCCUAUGUCAUAACACUACAUUCCUUGUUUUUCUUAAAUAAAUACUUUGCGAGUUUUGUUUUGAGUACUUAACAAUAUUUUGUAAGCUGCCCUGGGUUUUCCCAGGGAAACAUUCUUUAGAGAAAUAGGAUAUAGUUUAUGAAGAGACUAUUAAGUGAAAUUCCAUCACCACCACCAGCAAACACUGAGGUGCUGCAUUAAGUGACAAUCAAAACAGUAAGUUUUUAUGAAAGUUAGAAAGUGGUCGAAAGGAACAAUUGCUUUGAAAGCAGUUCUCUGGGUUUCUCGAAUAAAAAUGGCUAAAUAUAUUUAUUUAUAAGUAUCUUUGCAUUCUUUUUCAUCAGAGUGAUUUCAGUGUCAUGUAUUUUAUUUGUGGUUUGUUUUCUGUUUUGCAUCGUAAUCUUUUACUUUGAGAACUGGCUCUUGUUUGGGGUGCAAUUGCUAGCCCUCAUGAUGACUAUUCAUGGACAAUUGAAUCUGUUUUACUUCAGGACGGCAGUGGAGGGCCCAAACCAGAUGCCCCUGCACUUCCCUCCUGGUCUCAACUCAUAUAAGAAAAAAUUUUAAAAAGGUAACUCCCUUCAAAUCUGCUUCAUAUAGCUCCAAACUUUUCAGGUUUCACUUGCUGCCUUUUCUAUUUUAUGGGCACUUUUUGUAUGGUUACUUCCCCAACACAGCCAAAGGCCAGCAGAACCAAUGGCACAUGCUGCCUCUAUUUUGCCCAUUUUGAGAAAUAUUGGUAAAACAAACAGCAUCUUCUAAAGACUGUCAUCAUCAUAUCCAUAGUAAAGUCCUUAAAUAUAGGUGGAACAAUGUACAUACACUGAAAACUUCUACAAAAAAAGUUUGCUCUUUAUAUACUAUAGUGUUUUGUCCUUUAAUAAAACAAAACUUCCAUAUACAGCACUGCCCAGUAAUGCAGUGUUUGAACAUUUGAAGCCCAGACAUUUGAGGAUCCUUCUUGCUCACGUGCAUAAUCCUCCUACCACAGGGUAGGUACAGCACACACAGGGAUCCUUAGAGAAUGGUAACUAAAGCAUGUCAACCAGAAGUUGGAUUUAAUGAUGUAAAAGAUGUUCCUUAACUCUGAGGAUUAAAUUGAAGAUAUAUUUUCAAAUAUAUGCUUUGAAAUUUCUGAAGAAACAAACUGUGACAUCGCUUUAAAAAACAACAUUCAGGUGUUUUAUAAUGUAUGUUUUUGAGUUGGCCUGUACUGGUGCAAGUACACUGCUGGCAAUGGUUGUGCUAGUACUAACUAAGAAGUUAAAAUGUAGGAAAAGCUAUGUUAUCUUCAGGUUGAUGUAUAACUAGACAAUCAUCUUCAAGCAAAAAAGUUGGCCAGGAAAUGUCCUUUUUUCCUUUUUUUAAAUAGCUGUGUCAGCCAGAACAGCUGUAAUUUAGACCAUUCUGGAAUUAUUUUGCAAUCUAUUUUACAUGGUAUAAGUUGGGGAAGGGCCUCAGUCAGUAUGGCACUUUCAUAUUCGCUCUAUGUAAAGAUUGAAGCCCAAAGAAAAGUUAAAUUCAGUGCUGUAUUGAAACCAGUUAGUGCAAAAAAAAGUUUUCUUUGUAAACAUCAGUUGGUAGUUGUGAAAACACGAACCAAAUUCUUUCUAAUGUUCUGUGUGGUUCUUAAUGUGCUAUUGACAUUGCUAUCCUUACUGCUUGGUUCUUGGUUUUAAAUCAAAAAGUAGAUGUAGCCCUUCCUUCUUACUUCCAAAAGGGUGGAGCUAUACAUGGCUAACUGAUCUUAAGAAUUUUUUUUUUCCUUAAGCAAACAUUUAAUUGAAAUCAAAAUUGAUUUAUAAAAAAGAGACACAUUUUUCCAGGUAUUGUCUUAUGCCAAAAUCCUAAAUUGCAUAGAAGCAUGAGGGAUAAUGAAUGGUUCAACGGUGCUAUAUUAAGUUCACUGAUUUCCAUGACCAUGUUUGGAAAUACAAUAUUGUAUAAAAUGUGGAUCAUUUUGUUACCAAUUUAAUAUUGUCAUUUUAAUUUGAUGUUAUAAUUGGUUACACUUGUUCUUCAAAGCUCUUCUUUGAGAAGAAAGUCAAAAUGUGUUAUUAGCCUACCUCCAUUCAGGCUUGCUGUAUGAUCAUUUUUCCAGGUUAUGAUGUGCAUAGCUUUUAAAAACUACAUGUACUAUUACAAUGCUUUUUCCCAGACUCUUGUAAUGUAUUCAGAACCUAAAAUUAUAGCAGAAGAGCCAAGCAGUA